GAAUAGUUCCUUUAGACUCUGAAACUCUCUCUCUCUCUCUUGGGGAGUCUGGUGGGUAUAUUCCAAUGCUCGAUUCUGGCUUCCACAGAACUCACCACCACAUAAGAGGUGAAAAAGAGAGAACGCAAAGUUCAUAACUUUAUUCUCUUCAUUGCUUAAUCUUGAUUUCUUCUUAGCCCUAGAGUUGCAGGGUUUUUGGAAUGGCUACCGCAGCUUCUUUCUGUGUACAAUGAUGGAAAUGGUGAUGGUGGUCUAGCAUUUAAGCAUUAUGGCAAUAUGGCUUAUAACUUCCACUGGAUGGAUUCCUGACCUUCGAAUUGAAGGGCUAAAGCCACUUUGGUGUAAUGCAUGAGCUUGACCAACUUCUCUCUGGGUUAUGGAGGUUCUGGGUCACAAUAUUCUUAUGAAGGAAAAUUGUAAGUUAUAUCACAGGGCAGGCAGUGGGGUUGGAAGAACUAGGCUACAAAGUUAGCAAUCAGAGAACAUUUUAUUGUGCAUGCAAAAUAUAUUUAUGGAGGUUUCACCAUCACAUUUGGUCCGAAAGCAGAGUCAGCAGACAAGCAUGCGCAAACAUUCUUCUAGUGGAUCACAGAAAGAUCUGUGGUUUGUUACGCGGGAUGGUUCAUUAUCCGAAGUAGAUUCAGCUUUGGCAUUACUGAAAAAGAAUGGGGGCAAUAUCAAUUCAAAGAAUAUUUUUGGCCUAACUCCUCUUCACAUUGCGAUAUGGAGAAAUCACAUUCCUAUUGUGAGGAGGCUAAUUGCGGCUGGUGCUGAUCCUGAUGCCAGGGAUGGGGAAUCGGGAUGGAGUAGCCUACAUAGGGCUCUCCAUUUUGGUCAUCUUGCUGUGGCAAGUGUUCUCCUUCAAUCUGGUGCUUCUCUUACAUUGGAGGACUCCAAAUGUCGAACACCAGUCGACCUCCUCUCUGGGCCUGUGAUGCAGGCUGUUGGCAAUGGUCGUAAUGCAGCUGUGACAGAGGUCUUUAGCUGGGGAAGUGGUGCUAACUAUCAACUGGGAACUGGGAAUGCACACAUUCAGAAGUUACCAUGCAAAGUUGAUUCACUUCAUGGCUCUUCUAUUAAGUCGAUAUCUGCGGCAAAGUUCCACAGUGUAGCAGUUGGCACACAUGGAGAAGUUUACACUUGGGGAUUUGGAAGGGGAGGUCGGCUUGGACACCCUGACUUUGAUAUCCACAGCGGCCAAGCUGCAGUUAUUACUCCCCGGCCGGUUACUUUUGGUCUGGGGUCCUGCCGAGUGAAGGCAGUUGCAGCUGCUAAACAUCACACUGUUAUAGCAACAGAAGGCGGGGAAGUGUUCACUUGGGGAUCCAACAGAGAGGGUCAGCUUGGUUAUACUUCUGUGGAUACCCAACCGACACCACGCCGAGUGAGUUCCCUUAAACCAAAAGUAAUAGCAGUUGCUGCUGCGAACAAACACACUGCUGUGGUUUCUGAGUGUGGUGAAGUUUUCACAUGGGGCUGCAACAAGGAGGGCCAGCUUGGUUAUGGUACCUCCAACUCCGCAUCAAACUACAUCCCAAGGGUGGUUGAAUCGGUGAAAUUCAAACGUAUGAUAGGAGUAUCAACAUCAAAGUACCAUACAAUUGUAUUGGGUGAUGGAGAGGUUCAUACUUGGGGACAUAAACAAGUCAACCCAAGAAAGGUAGACAUUGCCAAGUGUAGGAACAGUGGGCCAGUUAAGUUUCAUUAUUUUGGACGAUCUAAAGUGGUUGCCAUAGCCGCAGGGAUGGUACAUAGUGUGGCUUUCACAGCCGAUGGUUCAGUAUUUUAUUGGAAUUCUGCCUAUCCAGAAAGAUGCCAACAGUUGUAUUCUCUCAGUGAGAGAAAUGUGGUCAGUAUAUCUGCGGGCAAAUACUGGGCUGCUGUAGUUACAGAUUCAGGUGAUGUUUACAUGUGGGAUGGAAGGAAAAGUAAGGAUGAACCUCCUGUUAUGACCCGGCUGCAUGGUGUGAAGAGGGUUACUUCUGUUUCAGUUGGUGAAACACAUAUGUUGUUUGUUUGUGCUCUUUAUCACCCAUCUUGUCAUCCUAAAUUGGCUGAGAAACCUCAGGAGCAAACUUUAGAGGUUACUGAUGAAUUAGAGGAGUUUGAUGAAAAUUUUAUGUUCACUGAUAUGGAAAAGAUGGAGAACAGGAAGAUGCCAUCCAUUGAACAGAAGGAUGACCCAGAUGACAGAUGUGCACCAAGCUUAAAAUGUCUUUGUGAAAAGGUGGCAAUGCAGGCUCUAGUGGAGCCAAAAAAUGCUAUACAGCUGCUUGAAAUUGCUGAUGCUUUGGGAGCAGAUGAACUGAGGAAACAUUGUGAGGAUAUGGCCAUUCGCAACCUAGACUACAUAUUUACUAUCUCUACACAGGCUAUGGCAAGUGCGUCACUUGAUAUUCUGGCUAAUCUGGAGAAAAUAUUGGAUUCAAGGUCCUCUGAGCCGUGGAGUUACCGUAGGCUGCCAACCUUGACAGCUACUUUUCCUGUCAUCAUCAACAGUGAAGAGGAGGACAGCGAGAGUGAAUGCCUCAGGGUUCGAACCAAUCCCUUGAAACACAUUUUAAAGAAUCAGGGGUAUCAAGGAUCGGACUACUUUCAACAGAAUAAAGAUGGUGCUAAUCCAGCUGUCCUAAAAGCAGUCCGGAAUCUGCGGAAGAAGUUGCAGCAGAUUGAGGUGCUUGAGAUAAAACAGUCUGAUGGACAUCUGCUCGACGAGCAGCAAAUUGCAAAACUCCAAACAAAGCCGUUUCUUGAAAGUUCACUCGCUGUGUUAGGUGUCCCAGUUGAGCCUCAAGAGGAUGGUUCAUCUUCUAUGUUGCUGGAUGGGAAAGGGAAAAAACUUGAUGUACCUAGAAAACAGAGGAAAAAGAGUAAACAGAAAAUUGCACAUGUGGAAGCUGCCUCUGCAAGCCCUGGAACUGGUGUAGAGGCUGUCCCUGUAAAGGGCUUCUUGAGUGUUGAGAUCCCUGAAACUCCCGAGCAUAAGGAGGAUACAAAUUUUGAAGAGGCUGACGGCAGCCACAUUGUGGAAGAGUCUCCUUUAUGUAGUCUGAAGAAAGAAAAUCCUGACUCCUGCAAUGGCAAGAACCAGUUGCCUACCACAUCUAAGAAGAAGAAGAAAAAGAAAGGUGGUCUUUCAAUGUUCUUGAGUGGUGGCCUGGAUGAUGAUCCCAAACAUUCUGCUCCCCCACCUCUAAUGCCCAAAAAUGAAGGCCCUGUAUGGGGUGGGGCUGGGGCUAAGAUUUCGAAAGGGUCCACUUCGCUACGUGAGAUCCAGACUGAGCAGAGCAAAACAAAACAAAGUGAGCCAAGUAGGGCAGUUAAGGAUCUGAGUGAAGAUCUUGUUGAUGGAAGAAGUGGCUGUGGACCAAUCCGAUUGUCUUGUAUUGCCAGUGGGCAACACUUUUUCAAGUACUCUGAAUUACCUUUAAGUGCCUGUGAAGAAACAGCAGUUGGUAAUCGUCUGUAUUUGAAUUUUAAACUCUCCAGUGCUGUCAUUGGCUCUUACCAGGUCAGUUUUGUGAAGUGUUGCUGGAUAUCUGUUGAUCAAUUUCCUAAUACUUCGACGGUAAUUCGAUACUGUUCGAAGAGAUUUUCGGUUGAUGGUAUCUUCGGCGUUAGAGAUGUGUUGAAGAGGAAGACAGAGAAAAACCAUCAUGUUCUUUCUCACAGCCCCAAAAGUAAAACUUCUGGAUUCGCUGUCUCUUCUGGCCAGGGCUCUCCAUCAGAAACUGCUAGCCCCAAUCGCUGGUUCAAACCAGAGGUUGACGCAGCCUCAUCAAUCCGUUCUAUUCAGAUAGAGGAAAAGGCAAUGAAGGAUCUCAAGCGCUUCUACAGCAGCGUAAAGUUGGUGAAAAAUCCUACCCAAGUCCUAUGAUCUCUAUCUAACAAGUAGAUUUAGGGAUUUUUUUCUUUUUGGGAGGCCCAAAUUAUUCUUUUUGUUUUGUCUAUUCUCUCUUUGUUGUAAAUUUUCUUGUACAGAUGAUCUGGUUGUAGAUUCAACUUUGUCAUAAAGUAGUUUCAUCAUCAUUAUCUAAA